AUGCUCAGCUUAGUUGUCCCCCCGCGGAAACACUGCUGCAGCGGAUUCACGAAAUCGUUUUUGCUCGGCCAGGCAAAUUUGAAGCGCUCCACAUUUGCCUGCAAAAGUGGCAAACGUUUUUUUUUCUUGAGAAGGGGCUUCACAGAGCUUCGUGCACAUAAAAGAGGAGUCCCCAUUUGGGAUGCUAAAAGCGCCUCCUACGCGUCGACUGCAGGGGGCAUUAACGAGGGGGCCACUUUCAGCGGGGGGUCGCAGGGUAAACGCAGACUACGCGGAAACCCGUCCAAAGCAUCCCCAGGAAAGCCGCAACAGGAGGAUGCAGAACCCUUGCUUUGCAAAGACGGGGGCGAAGGCGGAACCAGCAUAGAAGAGGCGGAAGAAAUUGACAGAGACGCAAAGAGGAGCCUUCUGGAAGUGUUCAAAUACAAGCAGUUCACAGAUGUGCAAAAAAUAAUAUACGAAAAUGUUAUGAGAGAAAAAAAAACAAAUGACCUACUCGUUCAGGCAAAAACGGGCACAGGGAAAACCAUCUCCUACCUACUUCUAGCAAUAAAUGACAUCGAAAGGAACAGAAUUAUGAGUGUGCAUACACUUAUAAUAGUGCCCACGAGAGAAUUGGCAAAUCAAAUUUAUAACGAAGCAAAGUUGCUGCUAACCUUUAAAAAUAAUAUCAACGUGUUAACCCUAAUAGGAGGAAUAAAAAGAAGAGAAGACCAAAUAAAUUUGAGGAGAAUUAAACCCGACAUAGUUAUCUGCACAGUAGGGAGGCUGCUAGACCACUUUGAAUGUACCUACUUAUUUAACACCCUGUUCGACAAUUUGAAGAUGCUUAUCAUUGAUGAGGCAGACCAGCUGCUAAGUUUGGGCUACGAAAAUGACAUCAACAGAAUUCUAACCUACUUGCCCAAGAACAGGCGCAACUUCCUCUUCUCAGCAACGUUAAGUCAUAACAUAGAGGAGAUCAGGCAGAAAAUGUGCAAGCCGGAUUAUAUAUUCCUAAACUGCGUGAAGGACCCCUCAAAGCACACGAACGAACAGCUAAAGCAGUACGUCAUCUUUCACAAAGCAGUUGACACGACUGUUAUUCUUUAUAAUUUGCUGAUGGAGCAUAUGAGAUUAAAUCAGUUCACCUACAAAAUAUUAGUGUUCUUCCCAACCGCUAGAGCUACAUGCUUUUAUGCAAAUUUUUUUAAAACUCAGCUAAAAAUUUCGACUUACGAAAUUCACAGAAAAAAAGAACCCGCGCAAAGACAAAUAACAGCUAACCGAUUUGCUGUAGAAUCGGUUGGAAUAUUAUUCACCUCAGACAUAAGCUCUAGAGGAAUUAACUACCCAGAUGUAACCCUAAUCAUUCAAGUAAAUUGUGCCAUUUCGAGGGAGCAAUAUAUACAUCGCGUUGGUAGAACCGCCAGAAGCAACAAAAAAGGAACGGGCAUUAUACUACUCAAUGAAGCAGAUGAAUUGUUCUAUCAACAAAUAAAAGAUCUAAACAUUGAGGUGUUAAAUGCAAGUGAUUAUUUAUUAAAAAAUGUUAACGUCUCGAAUUAUCUGAGCAGUUGGAUGUCCAACACGCAGCUCCUUUACUUGGCUUAUGCGUAUUAUUCUUCUCUCCUCCGAUUUUACAAAACGAAAUUUGCUACUCUUAAGCUAUCGGAUGAUGAAAUUAUUGACGUUGUUAAUAAUGCCUUGCUUUCCACCGGGCUGGUUGAGCAACCCCACAUUUCGAGCAAGCUGGCCAUAACGUUAAAUAUGCAGAAUAACGCCAGGCUCAAAAUUAGGAAAGACAUCGACGAUUUGCUGCUGUAG